AGUCAGCAGACUAGAUAGAGGUAUUUAAAUUGAAUUUGAAAACUGGGGAUUAUGGCGUUUACUUUGGAUAGCAGAUGCCCGGCGAAAUUAUUCAUUCUUAUUCUACUAUGGCUCACGAACGUUGUCAUUGUGAAGUGCCAAAAUGAAUUCAACCUCACCUUUAUUCCGAAAGAAAUAGAGCGCCUCGUUGAGGAACAAGAACGCAUUAUAACAGUUGAAUACCCGUGUUGGACAAGCGGGCAUGCUUUAACAUUCAAAGUCGACAAUGAAGUCAUUGCGAGAGUGAUGAAAAAUGCAACUGUGUUCUUAGGGAGUGACCAGCUUGGUGAAAAGUGUGAAGAAUACCGUAGAUUAAACGCGUCAAUAACAAUUCGAGGGGUUCGUCUAGGACGUACUACCCUAACAGCCUACCACCAGUUGAUCAACAGGACGACCUCCCCAGGUGUAGCCGUGCAUAGGAACUACCGUAUAAGCGUUGUUCGACGCACAAGAACUCUAGACACCGUAUACCGAGCCAUUCUAAUUCCAAUUGUAAUCAUCCUGACGCUGUGUAUGGGGUGUGCAUUGGACCUUGACGUCAUUAAAGUGAUCCUGAAGAGACCCAUUCCACCUUUCAUUGGUUUCUGUUGUCAGUUUAUUCUAAUGCCAUUGUUAGGAUUUGCAAUCUCACAAGCAUUCCGCAUGGAGGCGGGACUGGGCCUUGGGCUACUGGUAGUGUCGUGUAGUCCGGGAGGGGGCGCCAGCAACGCUUGGUCCGUACUUCUCAGGGGCGAUAUCAACCUCAGCAUGACCAUGACUUUCAUCAGCAAAAUAUGUGCUCUUUUCAUGAUGCCUCUAUGGCUUUUCACGUUGGGCCGUUUCUACCUGGAACAAAGGAUCGGCAUUCCUUAUGUCGAUAUCGUUCUCUCCCUCAUCAGUCUACUCACGCCCAUCAUCAUAGGUGUCAUCAUCCGAAAAAUCAAAGCAUCUAUCGCAGAUUUCCUCACAAAAGGAGUCCGUGUGAUGUCUCUAUCUUUGAUCGUGUAUAUCCUUGGCUUUGGAACAUACGUAAAUGUUUAUCGCUAUAGAAUGAUGGGCUCGGAUCCGUCUAUAAUCCCAUCAGCAUUUUUACUCCCAGCGUUCGGCUUCACAAUGGGAAUGGGCUUGGCUAGAUUACUACGCCAAACUCCUCGUAACUCAGUGACCAUAGGCAUUGAGACUGGCAUACAAGACAUUACCAUAUCUCUCGUCGUCCUUCAGUUCACAUUCGGGCAACCGGAAGCUGACCUCGCGGCCGUCAUGCCAAUUGCCACCGUUCUCUUCAUGCACAUCCCUCUUAUGAUCGCCUACGUGAUACUAACCAUCUAUGCACGCACUUGUGAGAAAAAUAAAAAGGAGAAGGAUGGUGAACUGGGUGCCAUAGGGACCGACAAUAUCACAGAGAAGGAAGAUAUCCCACAAAGCACUGAGUCUGUCAUCGAUACUAAACCAGGGGUAUAUUCGUUAACAUGGAAACCUACCGAAGCUGGACCAAUAUCCAAUGGUACUGCCAAUGGAGUCGCUAAUUAA